AUGCCUCCCAAGAAUGUUACCAGCGCGCCUAAGAAGGCGGCGCCUGCUGCUCCUCACACCUCUUACCGUGAUAUGAUCAAGGAUGCCAUUAUUAGCCUGAAGGAACGCAAUGGUAGCAGUCGUCAGGCUAUCAAGAAGUACGUUCAGUCUAACAACAAGAUCAACGUCACUUCCCAGAGUGUCUUCGACUCUCAGUUCAACAAGGCUAUCAAGGCCGGUGUUGAGAAGAAUGAGUUCACUCAGCCCAAGGGCCCAUCUGGCCCCUUGAAGCUUGCGAAGAAGGAGGCUCCCGUCAAGGCUGCUCCCAAGCCUGCUGCAAAGCCUGCCGCAAAGCCUGCCCCUAAGGCCUCCACUAAGGCCUCUACCAAGGCCCCUGCUAAGGCCCCCGCCAAGACUGGUCCCAAGAAGACUGUCACAAAGACUACCAAGACUGCCGCUCCCAAGAAGACUGUGGGCAAGAAGGCCGCCGCCACCAAGCCCAAGGCUAACUCUGGCAAGGCUCGCAAGACCUCCACUGCCGCCCCUGCUGUCGUUGAGCAGCCUAAGAUUCUGGGAAAGACCAAAUCCGGCCGUGUCACCAAGACUACUGCCCCGCAGCCCACAACAACCCGGGCUGCUCCCAAGAAGCGGACCACCAAGAAAUAG